UCUCAGCGUGCCUCAGCUUGUCUCAGUUUCCAGGGAACCACCAUGCUGAAGCCGGGAGCUCUGGUCCUCCUGCUGGCAGUUGCUGCCAGCCAGGUUGAGUUGUACCGGUCUGUGACCGUCAUCGGCUCUGGAGAGGUGGACCUCAGCACCUGCCCCCUCUUCAUCUACGGACGUAAUUACUCAACGAUGCACAUCUCCUACAACAAUUCCAUAUUGUCCCUUUGCUCGGGCGGAGCCAAUCCCGAUUGCCUUUUGAUAACGGAUUCCCAGGGGGACCGAGUGUCUCUGGACAUUCGCCAGGACGUGGAAAACAUUGAAACAAACCCUGCAUCAGAAUUCAAGGACAUCGAAUCUAAUUUAACCUGCUGGGUUGAAGCUCAUCUACAGAAUGAGACAAAUGGAACUCAUCUUGACAUUUCAUUUUACAAAUUUGGACUUCAAGCAGGGGUGAAAUUCCAGUCCAAGAGUCUCUUUAAUCAGGAUUUUGUUAACCUUACAAUUGUUAUCAGUAACAUCACAAAUAUAAGAGGCGGAAAUAUGAAAAGGUCACUAUUGACGAAGGGUCAAUCUUUGGAUUUGAGUUCCUGCAGAGUUCCCGGGGAACCACCGGGUGCUGUGUUUUACAGGAAUACCGAGCACGAGAUGACAGACACCUGCUCCAAGCUCCUCUGCAAUUCUGAUGUCACCGUGUCUAACGUGAGCACGUGUAGCUCCGACGAGUAUUGCCUCCAUGGCAGCGGGUGCACUCCCCGGCCCGACGUGUGCUCCGUCACCGGCUCCCACGUCAUUGAUAGGGCAGGAUCUGGCUCCUCCAUCAAAAACCAGUGUGCGUACACCCUGUUGAACCACUCUGGAAGCUUCGACCUCCACGUCCUGGCAGUUUUCCGGGAGCGACGGCGACGAGAUGUCCUGUUUUUGGACCACCUGAUUGUGCAUCUGCCGGAGGAUAAUGUGACGAUGUACCUGGAACAAGGAGGGCGAGUUCAGGUGCAGGUUGACGGCCCAGCGCUGCAGCUCAACGCCACCGCUCAGGUGCUGCACGGCCUGGAGCUCUCCAAGGACCAGACCGGAGUGACGGCCCGGGUACAAGCGCUAAACAUCACCAUCUUCUUUGAUGGAAACACUGCACAUCUGGCCGGAAUUCCAGACGCUGUUGAGGGCUUGUGUCAUAACCCCAACCUGACUGCAGCAAAGUCCCAUCUUUACAGCUUCCCUGGAUGUGAGACGGUCUACGAAGACGACCCGCUGACGAUCAACUGCACCAUCGCUACAGAGCACUGCCGCCACCUGAAAGAGGCGCCUUUCACUUCCUGCCACGACUUUGUGAAUCCGGAUCCCUACAUAGACGCCUGCGUAGAAACGAUGUGCUCUUACCCAGAAGUGGACGGUCACGUCUGCAACUUCCUGGAGGCUUAUGGCAAGGCCUGCAGCCUGAGGAUGGCCCCUGUGGAGGACUGGAGGCCGAUGGACGACUGCCCCGCCCACCCUCAGCUCCCCUGUCUGGACCAGUACUGCAGCCACCACGAGUUCUGCGAGGACCAGGACGGGGAAGCCCUCUGCUUGUGUCGAGCAAUCUUCGCCGCCAACGUCAGCGCAGACACCUUAGGCAGUCAGACGGUCUGCACCGAAGGCUCUGCUAGCAUUUCUCUGGUGGGCUGCCUGCUGCAGGACAAAGACAUCGACUACGCCGAGCUGCACCUGAUGGACAAACGGUGCAGGGGUCGUAUGGACGACCAGACCCACAUAGUGACUUUUGAUUUUGAUCUUGAUGACCCCUGCGGAGCGGAGAUCUCGACGAACGGCAACCAACUCCUGUAUACGAACACCAUCAUGACGAAGAACAGUUCAGACAGCAUCAUCUUCCGCCACAAUCCCGUGGCCCUCAACUUCUCAUGCUCCUACGACCACCCGGAGGUGGAGACCGUGGGCUUCAGGAUCAAGGACAGCUCUGUCAUGCUGAACAUCACGUCUAGCGUCUGGAAUUACACCCUCUCGAUGAACACCUACACGGACUCCGGCCUCACGGAGCUCAUCAAGCCGGACUCUGAGAUCGAACUGAACCAGAAGGUCUGGGUGGGGGUGGAGACCGAGGGGCUGGAUAGCGACGCGCUUGCCAUCGUGAUCGACUCCUGCUGGGCAACCGGCGAGCGGGCGACCAACGCCAGCGUGAAAUACGACCUGAUCAGAAACGGGUGUCAGGACGACGACACGGUGGAGCUGGCCAACAACGGCGUGGGGACGUCCAACCACUUCUCUUUCAAGAUGUUCCAGUUCUCAGGCAACGACGAGGUCUUCCUGCACUGCGAAGUGAAGCUGUGCGUCCUGCAGGAAAGCUCGUGCGCCAAGACCUGCGCUAAAGGCCGGAGACGCAGAACUGCCAGACGCCGCUACGCAGACGCCGCCCGCAUCUCCAUGGCCUUGGCCAAGUUGUACUAUCCUUAAAUCAUCGCUCCAAACCAUGGCUGCAGACAUCUGAUCAUUUCUGAUGACUAAAUCGUGAGAUAAUUGAAAAAGAGAGACAUCAUCUUGGGAGGAAAGCCAUGGGAGCUGAAGAGGGAAGUUAAUCUGUACACCAACGGGGCAAGACUGUUUCCUUUGCACCGCUAUGAUAUGCUGAAGGGCACUGUUGAAAAAGGGAUUUCUGCUUUUAAUUAAUGGGUAUAAAAUCAAAACUUGUAUUUCAAAGGGUCAGCUUUAAAAGAUUAAAUGUUAGCAACAAGAACUUUCAGCUAUGCAGAGGAAGAACAAAAGUAAACGUGAAGAACUGAUGAAAGUUAUUCACUGUAUCAUUACAUUAUAUUAUAUGCAUGAUAAUAUAUGUCAUGAAAGUUGUACGAACGUAAAGCUUACUGUUUUAUGAUUUGAAUUGAUAUUCUAAAGAUAAAUAUUAGUCAUAAAAUCCUUUACAUCACUCCUUCUUAAUUAAAGUAUAGAAUCCUAAUUAAUAUUCAGUCUGAUUAAAGGGUUAAAUCUGGGCUUGAUUCUGUGGGAGGUCACAUUACAAACUAAAAAUAAAAUCAUUUUAUUUGGAAUAUUCUGUGGAUUUGUUAUUUCUUUAUUAUCUAAGUUAACAGAUAGUUCUUACUUUCUUUUCUGUUAACAAUUAUUAAAA